AACAUGACCGUUGAAGAACGGGAAGAGAUGGGAGACUUUUACUUCACAUUCCAGCAUCGAAAAUCCAUGUAGGAUUAGAAAAUCCAUUGCCAUAGGAUAAUAAUGUUUUUAGAAGACAAUGAGAUUCAGUUCUGUUACAUCGUACUCAGCACCUGGACCUACUGAAAUCUCGUAAACAAGCCACUAAGACAAUGGGCGUUGAAUCGGCAAAAAAGGCAUCCGACGGAAUCUUCCGGAAGGCGACACCACAAAAGAAUCAGUUGUCACUAAAGCAAGACAGAGGAUGUCGAUACAAGCUGGCAUCUAAAUACAUAGACCACAUGCCGCACGUGCAGGACAGCAGCUCUCGAUUCGCAGCCUGGUCCGAUGUCAAGGAAGUGUUAUUCCCGUCCUGUUCCGAUCCUGAUUGUGAUAUCGUGUUGAACGCCCUGAAGAUCGUCAGUAGGUACCCAUGGGAAGAGAGCAAAAUGCAACCCUGUACUCCAAAGCAACAAAUGAAGUUUCUGAGGAACUUCCGAUUGGUGCCAUCCGGAACACUUCUUGUGGACCUCCAGUUCGUAAAGGACAAUAUUGAUGGCCUUUGGGAGAUGGUCUGGCUCAAGCACGGUACUUCUUUGGACGUCUGCAGCAGGAGAUGCCACUAUGCCAAGUCGCAGUUGAGUCGAGCCGAAAAUGUUCCGAGUUCCUAUGACAAAGAACCUCCUGACAAACACAAUGAAACCAAAGAAUGUAACACCGACAAAUCUGACUGUAAAGAAAAGGAAACCAACAGCGAGGCAUCCCACCCGACAGAGACAGACCCCGAUACCACGAGAGUCGAUGAUGAUGUCGAUGCAGAUGUCAAUAAGAGCGAAUUCGUCAAGAAAUCAAACCUUCAUCAGCUAGACAACAACUUCUUACCUGGGAAAUCGCAACCUUUGACCGAAGAAAAAACUGAUAAAAAGAAAGUGUUCACAGGAUAUAGAUAUCCAACCAUAGAAACUCUCAAGGUUAUACCAAGGAAAGUUCAACCAUUUAUAAACACUUGUAUCAACUCGAAACAAAUGGGCUAUAUUGUUCUGCCUGUCGUGAAGUCGAGCAAUACGGAUAGCGACGAGGAAGCAUUCUGUUCCGGAGCAGAAAUUUCAGCCACCUUUCCCCAACUCCAUGAUUACCUAGACAGAUUGUCUAGUGAGUAUAUAGCUGGUCACAUAGACUCGUCAAACAAGACAGUCAGACGCUGUACAUGUAUAGAAGGCAGAUGUUUCACAAAUUGGAAGAUAACGAGACACGGAUGGAACUUGCCAUGGCAACAUGUAACAUCAAAGGAUAUUGUUGUUUCAUGGGGUUCCGUGGUGAAGGAGCUCCAGUGUCUGGCGGGGAAGGCAGUUGCUGAUGUAAGCGACAUUUUACCUGUUAGUACUUCCGGUUUGAUCAAUUUCAAGGAUCAUUUUUCACAUCAAAGAGAUGAUGAGGAUUACAUAUCGUCUGCAAAUCUGAUGUCAUCGAAGGAUUAUCCCAAGCAAGAAGGUCAGUCAAAUCUUGGAGAAUAUUUCAGUCAAAUCACAGAAAUGAUACAGAAGCCAGAACAAAUGAAACAUCCACUAACAUUGUACAACCUAUGUCAGGCAAAGCUGGAGGUCUGUUCUAUACCAAGAGCUUGUAGCAUGGAAGGGAAGACAGUUCUUCCCCCUGUAAACAGCCAUGUACAGUCUGUUGUAAAGGGCCGAGGUAAUCCUUACGUUGCCACUACCAAGAAGAAAGACACGGCUCAACAUGACAUGAAACAGAGCACACGUGCUAAAGGCGGCAGAAAUAAUGUUCACAUCGCCGUAGCGAAUAAGAAAGAGAAAGUAAAUGACCCCGUUAGAGAUGACCGUCUCUCCUCAUUACGAAAACGAACUGGAACACGUUCAGCGAGUCGCAAUGCAUACACUGGAUUACAUGCAAUGGGAGAAAAUGACGCUAGCACGUCGAACACAAAAAAUAUCUCGAAGCCAAAAAAUGUUGAUAAAACGACACAGCCGAGAAAAAGACAAAGAAUGAAAAGUCCAACAGAAUCAACGAAGCAUGCGGUAAACACUACAGACAUUUAUCUCAACAGGAACAAGAACGCAUUGGAUAAUAAUGUUACUGAUGGUGAUAUUGAUGGCCCGACAUUGUUACAGCUGCUCUCGCAGCCGAUAGGGAGGUCAAAUUCAUCAACAGUGUGCGGCAAUUCUACGAAUCAGAACGCACUCUGUCGCAACAUUAGCGAAACACCACCGACAUCCAAUGUCUUUAUACGGCAUAUGUCACAGCCGUCCCAACAACAAGCAAACCGAUCUAAAUUGUUUCAAUACCCUACCUCGCGAAUAACUAACUCUUUGGAAAGAGCUGCUUGUCUGACUGGAAGCAGUUCAACACAUGAUGAGACAUUUCAUCAUUUACGGACACCAUUUCCGAGGAAAACAUUUGAAAAAUACAGCGGCGUUUGGAAUCGAAUAUCAGCUACUUCAAAUGAUCAAUUUGUUGGCGAAUUUCAAAAUACAAAACCUGAGCCAAUCAGGUCAUGCGAAAAAGUCACUACUGCUACCUCCAAGUGUUCAACUAAGUCAAAACCACAAUGGGACAUUGACCAAAUCAUAAAAGAACAUCCCCGGCGAAUCAAAGGUGACUCUUUAUAUGGAAUUAGCAUCAAUAAAACUCAGGCUCGCAAUGCUUCUCAUCAACCACAGACCACUCCAGGAAAAAGUGACACGAAAACGCUUCGUAGCAAGCCAGGUCCGGACGGUCUCCAAAGCCAAACUAACAAUGAAGUUCUACCUAAAGUAGUCAGGCCAGUAAAGCCGAGGGAUUUCCUGCUUCCCCCGCCUUCUGGUAAACCCAGCGAAGAGCACCAAUCUCAGAAGAAGGAAAUGUGGUUCAGACAUGAAUCAGUGAGUCAUCCCAAAGUCAAUAUUCAUGCAGGGAAUUUACUUGAAAUGGUGUCGGCUAAUCCGUUUAACCAGACGGUUGAAUCUAUGAUCGCUCUUCGGAAAUUCAACUGCGAGUUUGAUGUUCUACGUGGGGGUAUUUCUAACGGGACAAUUGGUCAGAGGUCAUCACCUUUGCCGAAGAUCGACGCUGGCAGAGGGGCUGCAACUCAUCCAGUUCGUUCCGAUAACAGUUUGUGUUACCAACGUUCGUAUAAUUUGGUCAGCCAUAACAAUAGCACGACAGCUAAAGAAUCGGAGAAAACCGAAUCAUCUCUUCUGACAAAGAAUCACAAUGAGAAAAAAAAUACAAAGAAGAAAUUUCCAUCCGUACACAGUGAAAAGGACAUAAAGGCGUCUACUAUCCACAAGGAUAAAAAGGAACACAAAAACCAUUGUUCAAAAUACCUUACAUCCAAAGACGACAUCAAGAAAAGUCCACAGAAGAAAAAUAAAGAUGCAAAUGAGGUAAACCCUGAACCUAUGUCGGAUGAACUUCCAAAACAGUCAAAAAGUGAAAACUGCCUUCAAUCUAAAAACUUUAGAAAGAUAAACAAUUCCGUUUGCAAAAGUGCAUCAUCUCCUGGUCUCCGAUCAAAUAGGUACAAGGUCGAGUUAAACGAUCUGACCUUGAGAUUUGUACGAUUGAAGGACGACAAGAAAGAUCCGAAAGGGGACAAAAACGGUCAUAAACUUAAACCAACUAUCCAAGAAUCUGUGUCCGAAUCUACAAGAAAUGGCAGAGACUGUCCAUCUGAGACCAUGAGGGAAAAUAGUGAGGUAACGCGUCGUAAUGGCACCACAACUUCCUUAGAACAAGCAACCACUAAUUUGCGACGAUCACCUUUAUUUGAAGAAAAAGAAAAAUACAAACGUGACAGAACAGAGUCCAGCAAUCAAAGUCAGACAAAAGACGAGGUUUCGGGUUACAGUAAAAAUUCCGAUGUUGAUGAAAUCGCAAAAACAAUGGAAUCAAAAAUUGAUGUCUUUAGAACCCCGGCUAUUUUAGACAAUGAAGUGUACAAUUUCAGUAAACUACAUAUACACAAUAAAAAGCGAUGGUUGAUGGAGUACAAACAGAACAAUUGCAACACAUUGAAUAGCGAAACAGAUGAUUCUUCUCCUAAACUUUCAGAAAGUUUAGAUGUCACUGACUUGGUUCACUCGGUUUCUGAUGAACCUCCUCUUGGAAACUCUGUUUCGAGAUCAGAAUUUCAACCUGCAAAUGUACUUCUGGUACCUCAAGGUGGUAGUGUAGAUGAUGGAAAUGAAAUAAAGAUGAUGAUUGAUGAACGAAAUGAUGUAUGUAAACCACCAUCCGAGGGAGAAAAUGAUGUCAUGUUUGAUUUUGCAGAUGUUGCAUGUAGUACAUCUAGAGAUACCACAUACUCUGAAAACACUGAUUAUUCCAUACCAACAUCUUCUGAUGGAAUUCUACUUGUCGAUGAUAACGAACUGGGCCUGGUAGAAGAAGUCGUUGGUGGUGUCGAAUCAUUUUCAGUGACAGAUGUCACGGACCUGGAAGAGAAUACAAAGCGAGGAAAUAACCAACAAAUCCAACCUGAUCUAAACAUACAGACAAAACACACAGAGACCAAGGACUCCAGCGUCCAAAGCGAUACAGAUGACCCAUUUGAAGGAUCGGUGUAUGUUUUUGAUGACAGCAAAAAAAGCGGUUCAAGAAAAGGUUCCUCAAGUGGUGUCCAAAUAAUACGGAGGAGUGUUCGACAGCAUCUUAGCCCAAGAAAAUCCAUGGCAGAAGUAUCCGACAAGUCGAUAUACAGCAGCAGUGAAAGAAAACCACCAACAAGUACUAAAAGGAGGAAAGGAAAGAAGUCGGUAAAAACGAAAACUGUUUCAAUGCAACAGACUGGGGCUUCAAAAGAAAAUUCACCAGAGGACUUGACAUAUACCAAAGAUAUCGAGAAUCCCUCUGAAACAUCUGUCAAUAAAUCCACGAAAAGCACACGUAUAACAAAUACUAUUAUCACUGAUACAGAUAAAUUCUCGGAACACACUCCAGGUAAAUCCUGGGAACAUACACCAGGUAAAUCCUUAGAACACACACUAGGUAAAUUCUCAGAACACACCUCAGGUAAAUUCUCGGAACACACAACAGGUAAAUCCUGGGAAUACACCCCAGGUAAGUCCUGGGAACACACACCAGGUAAAUCUUCGGAACACACCUCAGGUAAAUCCUGGGAACACACACCAGGUAAAUCCUGGGAAGACACACCAGGAAAAUUCUCGGAACACAUCCCAGGUAAAUCUUCGGAACACACCCCAGGUAAAUCCAGGACAGAUACAAAAGAAAUAAUCGGAAUGAUUGCUACGGGUUCAAAUCCAAACAAGAAGAAAUCAUUUUCUGACGUUGAAAAGACGUAUAUUGAGCCUCCAUCUCACUGUACAGUAAAAGAGAGAAACAUUACUAAAAAAGACAUGUCUUCUGCUAGCAGUGCCAUACAACACUUGGCAGCAGAACAAAGAAGAAUGAUGGUUAUAAUCAAACAGUCCUCUUCCUCGAGGUCACUUCCGUCCCCAGCAUCUUACCCAACACAAGGCGUGAAAAGUAAUGUAGACACUUCAAGCAUGGGCUCCUCCACGUUUAGUUUCGUCCCGGUAUACAUGAAAGAUCAGGCGUGUAAGGGAGGUUAUGCUCAUAUGGAAGGUGUGACGUGUCCGUACGUCAUAAUGGAUGGCUACAAGUUUGUGGCUAUCCAUGAUGUCCUGAGGAUGUUCCCAAACUGUGACAAGACGUGCAAAGUUGUCAAGAGAGUUCUCGUCAAACACGGGGGACUGUCGCACACUUUCUGUGACUGGGACCAGGUGUACUUACUGGAUCAGCUGUUUAUCCUGAAAGGUAGAUCAGUGAAGACGGGGGACAUGUUGAUCAGGGUCGACUCCCUCGUCAAAAACCUUCAGUCCAUCAGAGAUCGUGUCGGGGAGGAACAUCUCAACCUCCGCCGAAAGGGGAAGACAGAUCUGCAGUGUGUUCGGGACCUUGACUGACACUCGAGCUAAAGUCAUUGCUGUUUGUGAUAAUAAUUUGGAGGAAUAAUGGAAAGAAUGGAAACAUAUUAUCUUUUUUAAACCCCACCCAUCCCUUUUAGAUUGUGGAUCAUAUUAUGUCAUCAGCGUAUCAGCGUAAACGAAAUUUUUAUCAUUACAUAUACUAUGUCUUAGAAUUGAAAUAGAUGCAUGACAAGGACUGGUGUUAUUUUGCUGUAUCUACUACACAUACUCUGAAUCGAAGUGAUUAGUAUGAUCAAUGUUUACAUAAUUCGUAAAUCAUAACCAUACAUAUGUUUUAAAUUAACAAAAUACAAAAGUAGCCAUUAAUUGAACUUGUUGAUUGAAAGCAUAAAAUUAAAUGUUACACUACUAGUACGGUGUCUUUUUCUUUCUUGACCAACAAUCUACUAUGUAUAACCAAUGUCUCGUUCUGUUUGUCCACAAAGUCUGACCUCUAUCUCGACGGCACCAGGUCCAAACGCAGCCCACAUUUCCUUAUAAUGAUAUAAGUCUACACACACAAUUAAAAACAAAACCAUAUUAUAACGAUUUAAGCGAACAUAAUUUAAAGCAAUCACAUAUUUCUGUUAUUUCACAGCUUCCUACGAGACAGUAAAACCUAUCUGACCAAGAUAAUGGUUGUCGGCCAUGUGUUAUAUGACUCGGGGGUCAAAUGUUUAAAGUUUUUAAAGUACAUUUUCCUUUUCUUCUCCUUGCUUAAACUUUUGUUAUUCAUUGUUAAUAUACGGUCUUAUAUGGCAAAUAAUAUGUUGUCCAUCCUCAUUGUAUUUGCUGUUUAUGAUAAGGUGAUAGAUUUACAUAAGUGUCUGAGACACUUUUUUCUAUUUCCUAUUCUGUACAUUCAAUUUUGUAACUAUACAUGUUUUGAAAUGCCUGAAUAAAAGAAAGUUUAAACCAAA